GCCGCACACCGCGGAAACAGGAACCAAACAUCAUCAGACCAAAACAAAAUGGGAGCCUCGCUGGACACUCCGGCGUCCUGUCCCCUGUGCAGCGAGCUGACCCGCGACCCCGUCACCCUCAAGUGCAGUCACCGCUUCUGCCGACGAUGCAUCGGGGACCUGUGGAGCGUCACCCCGGACGGGCCGUACCACUGUCCGCAGUGGAGGUGUGGGACCGUGUACCGCACUCUGCCGUUCGACGGCAGCUCCAUUUGGCCGACCAGCAGCACGAGCCGACGGGCUCAGCCUCCCAGCGCCGCGGCCACAUUAAGAAAUAAUGAGCAAAACAAAUUUGACUCAAUCUUGGGGAGGCCCUCGCUCACCAGCCGACUCCUGGGGAAGAGAAAGGCCAGCACCCCGGCGCCAGAGCAACCUGACACGAAGCGAUCAACUGCGGAAUCUCCCCGUGAGCCGUCUCGUGACAUUGAGACACCCACCACUUCAGCCUCUGUACUGUGGCCUUGGGUUGAGACGUCCCAGAAACAAGUGCACCCAGAAUCUGCACAGAGUGAGCAUGGUGAUGGCCCUUCCUCGCGUGACAGGUCUGACAGCAGGGCGGUACCUGCGAGUGAUGUGCCACAAGCCGUCUCAAGCCAUCAGAGCCAGCGUGAACCCGAAGUCGUCAUGGUGGAUGACUCUGACAGCUCAAAUGAAGUAGACAUAUGUGAUGCUCCUCCUCUUGACAACCCCAGAAAAGACACACAGAUGACAGGAAUUCAUGCAUCACCAAAGAAACCGAUCUCACCUUCCAACUCUGAUUCUUUUCCUGGCCUCUCAGAGCCAGAUAAACACGGAUCUCCUGUAAAGCACAUCCAGCCACCUCUGGUAUUCCCCAAACAUCCUGCUGCUUCAGGAUCCUCGAGUCGCGUUGGCAUCUUUUCCACGGCGGAGAACAAAAACACCAGCCAUGUGCCCUGCCAUUAUUGCCCUAAGAGUGGGUAUCAGUCUGCCGUGAAGACAUGUCUGGUGUGCGGAGCUUCCAUGUGUUCAGAGCACCUGCGCCCCCACCUGGACUCCCCCGUGUUCCAGAAUCACACCCUGGUUCCUCCAGUGGAGGACAUUUCUCCCUGGAGGUGCCAGGAACACCAGGAGAUCAACCGGAUCUACUGUCGGCAGUGCGCAGUGUGCGUGUGCACGGUGUGUACCGUCAUUGGCUCCCACCGCGACCACGUCUGCAUCGGCAUCCGGGAGGCGGAGAGAGAGCUCAGGGGCAACCUGAAACAAGAGAUCAAACAACUGCAGGAUGCCGAACAGUUCGUGGAGAACAGAGUGACUGAGCUUACACAGAAGAAAGAGACCUUCAGAGUGGUUUUAAGUGAGGCUCGAGAAGGGGUGCAGCAGCAGUAUGGAGCCAUCAGAGAGGCCCUGGAGCAGGAGGAGCAAUCGGCCCUUCGGUGUGUGAUGAAGGAGGAGGGCAGGGUUCUGGGCGGUCUAGAGGAGAAACUCGGCCACCUCCGGAGCUCCCUGCUUUCCGUCCAGCAGGGCCUCCACACCCUGGAGGGGCUGGCUGACACCAGGGGAGACAAACGCAUCCAGGAGCAGGCCUUCAUUAUGGAGUACAGCAAAACAUCCCAGAUGGUUAGUAACAUGGGGAGCCGUGUGGAGCAGUUCGAGGCUCCAGAGGAAGUGGAUCGGGCCCGGCUCAAAUGUUUGCAGAGGUGGACUGAGAAGCGGCUCGAAGCGGUCACCCUCACUGUGUCCGGCAAAGACAGAGACCUCUACAGAUUGCUCUAUGGCACCAGCCCCCUCUUGGAUGCAGAUACAGCUCAUUCCAAGUUGCAGCUGUCUGAGAACAACAGGAAGGUGACCUACAGCGAGGCUCAGCAGUUCUACCCCGAGCACGAGGAACGCUUCAGCUCCUUCCCACAGGUCCUGGCCUCCUCUUCCCUGGAGAGGGGCCGCUGGUACUGGGAGGCGAACGUGUCCGUGGACGAGGGACGGUGGAAGGUGGGGCUGUGCGAGGCGCAGAUAGAGAGGAAGGGUCAAAGGGACAACUCUCGCCUGGGCUUCAACAGCCACUCCUGGUGCCUCUCCUGCGACAGACGCAAGGUCGAAGUUCUGCACAACAAAGUGUCUCUUCCUGUGGAUGUGGACAGGCUGCAGAGGGUGGGAGUGUUCCUCGACUUUGACGAGGGCAUUUUAUCAUUCUUUAAUGCGACACCAGGGGGCAGUCUAACAUUAAUACAUUCCUAUAAGCACAGAUUCACUGAUCCUCUUUACCCUGCUUUGUCUGUGUCUAAAACACAGCUGGCCAUCUGCGACCUCUUCCAGACUUAAAACCAUGUCAUACUGGCAUGUCAGCUCUGCGGUGAAUUUAGAAUACACAAAAGCACAGUGCCUUACUUUUUUAUAUACAUAAAACCAUUUCUUCAUUUAAAAAAUAUUCUUUUGUACUUAGGCAAAAAAUGUGAUUUUACAUCGUUUGAUGGCACUGAAACUGUAUCACUGCUGUUCACUAUACAUUGUACAUGUAACAUUUCAAACAGCAGUUUUUAUAUGAGGAUUUUAAUUUUUGUAAGUUUUAAAUUUGAGAUUGUCAGUGAAGAAAUGAGCAAUGUUUUACAUGAGAGGUUAAGUGUUCAUUAAUAUAAAGAAAACUGAUGAGGAUAAUUUGUCCAUUUUUGAAUGCUUGUUAGAAUUAAAUGUGUUGAAAUGUUCAGUUAAA